AUCAAUACAUCUAAUCAUAAUCAUUCGGUAAACAACGAUGGAAUAAUUCAAAAUUCUUUAGCGCAUUCAGCCUACUUGAAUUCUCAGAACUAUUCGACAAAUAUUGAAGACGGAAUCGUCUUCGAAAAUAUAAAUCCUAACUCAAAUUCUUAUCAUUUUCAUCAUUAUCCAUCAUCAACCAACAUGAUCGCAACAAAAGAUUCGAAACGAUUAGCUCGAGUUUUUCUUGAUACAAGUCAAUUGGAUGAUCAACAGCAACAGCCCAAUGAAGUCAGAAGUGAUUGUAAUGCAAACAUCUAUACUGAACCAACCGUAAUUAAUACGACACUCACAAAUCAACAGCCACCACCUCAGAUUCCGUUUAACUUUUCAGAAUCACCGCCAUCAAUGAACAAUGCAAUGAAUGAUUUUGGAAAUGAAUCAUUAACUAUCGUAGGACAAGAUAUUGCUAUUACUUUGCGACAAGGCCAAUUAACUCAAACAUUAUUGGCAAAUGCACCUUCGGUCAAUUCUGCUGCUGUGAACGAAAUCUUGCAAACGAAUCCCCGACAACCAACUCAUAUUCCAAAGCAGAAUCAACAAGUAGUUUUUUAUCCAAACCGAAUAGAAUUUCUACCACUAUGUGAUUUAUUGUUCAAUAUCAUAUCUCUUGCUGCAUAUUUUUGCGAUGUUGUAUUCGAUUCAGUUACGGCAUAUACAUUGUAUUUAAAUCGUCAAUUCACAUGGUUAAGUGUUUCAUUGUUUCUCAUUUUAAUGACGGCUAUAAUCAGUCAAAUCUUAUCAUAUCGUUGGUAUCGAAGAGAUAUCCGGGAACAAUAUGGUAAUAAUGACCCAAAACCUAAUCAACAUUGUUCAUCAGCCAAUCACAUCAUGUCACAUCCUGAUCGAUGGAAAGAUAAUUCUUCACAGAUGAUGAUCAUUAUACAUUUACUUCAAUGUGGUGUUUUAUGGCGAUAUUUCAAAUUAUUUGCUCCUGUCAAUCUAGCCACAGUGAAACGGGAAGUUAGUGAACUAUGUAUUCUCCGGAUGGUACAUGCUUUCUUUCAGGCUGGACCAAUGCUUUUAUUACAAACGUAUCUGGUUUGGCGUAAACCAUCGUUGAACAUGAUCACAGAUUUGAAUAUCAUUUCAAUAUUCUUAUCAUUGUUCUCUAUAUGUUGGGCAUUAUCAUCGUUCAACAAAAAUAUCAGACCAGAUAAAAUACACAGACUGGUACUAACUUGGUUCGGUGUCAUUUUUCAAUUUUUUUGGCGUGUUGGAACAAUUACAUCACGAAUCGUAGCAUUAACCGUAUAUGCUGUACUAUACGAACAAUGGGUUUUUGUCGUUAUCUUUCUACAUUGGUUUUCCAUGUUACUUUGGUUACUUACACCUCAUAUGUUGCAACAUUUUGAUCAUCAUGCUGAUGGUACAACUCAUCAGAAAUGCAAUCGUAAGAAAAAAUUGUUUGGUGCUUCAGCUUUAGCAUGGAUUUAUGUAUUCUGCUUUGUUAACAUGGAAGAUAAUCAUUCCCGAUAUCGAAUGUUAGCAUUUUAUAUGAUGAUGUUUGCUGAAAACAUUUUGUUACUUAGCAUAUCCAUGUUUUUCGAUAAUCGUCUAUCAAAAGUACAUGGAUAUCGAAGUUUGGCCAUUUGUCUAGUAUUUGGUUCGUUUUUAUUUGGCGUCAUAUUCAUGUGCAUCUAUUAUCGUUAUUUUCAUAUUCGUAAUCUUAAAAAUUCUAUACAAUGUUCUUCUGUUGCAACUGGAAAAACUAUGGAUUUUGAAAAUUGUUUAUCUUCACGGCCCGAUCAAAUAUCAAUAAAAGAAAAAUCUCUAUUAGAUCAAUUAGUCAUGAAUCAAACCCAAACAUUUGCCAUGAAUCAUAAAGACAUGGAUCCUAAAUUGUUGCCAUUCGCUAUAAAUACGAUUCCAUUUUUGAAUCAGCACUCUCAGUCAUUAUGCAAUAACCUGAAUCACAUGAAUGCUGAUGGUAAUUCUUCAAUCAAUGACAAAAAUAUUCCCGGUGUGUUCAAUUGUCGAUUGAAUCCAGCAUUAAAACGUAAGAAGAAAAAACCAUCAACCAUCCCUCCAUUACCUCAAGAGAUGUUCAUGAAUGUCGUUGAUGCUAAUGAUCAAUUUACAAAUAAAUUACCAUCAAAGAAUGCACUCGAAUCCAUUUCAGAGAAUGGUGCCAUAGUUAAUAAAAAUAGUACCCACAAUCAAAGACCUGCUUUAGAUUCUUGGAAACCUGGUAUUCAUAGUAAAAAUUUUAUCCAACAAAUUCAACGACCAUUUACAAAUUCGAGCGCUUUGAUGCGUUCAUAUCGACAAAGUCCAGCCGAAACAUGUUGGCGUAAACCAGAAAUAUCUGGUCGAUCUUGGUCCAUAUCACCAACAGCCAUGAUGAAAAUUAGUGAAUCAUCAAAAUUUAAAUCAGAUAUUAUUCAACCAAAAAAUUCGAUCUCAAUUCAACAACCGACGACAAGAUUCACAGACAAACUAGAUUUUGCCCUUAUGAAUCAAUUGAAAUCUGAAUCAAACGAAAUAAUGAAAAAUAACAAAAUCGUUCGACCCAAACCAAUUGUACAACAUUCAAUUAAUAUUGAUUCGAUUAGCGAAAUGAACAUCGAUAUGGAUCUUUCGGAUCGACAGGCUUUAAAUUGUGGAAAUUUUUCGACUGAUAAGCAUAAUCAAGAAGCCAUUUUAAAUUACUAUGAAUAUCUAAAUUCAUUGAAAAAUCCCAAAAAAGAUCAUUCCGGUUCUUCAGAUAAUAAUCCUGAAAUGUUCAACAUGUUACAUCAACGUCCACCUGUUCCAGGUCGAGAAAGUCGUAAUAAAAUGAAAGAAGAUCAAGAUAUUCAUCAAUCAGCAAAUAACUAUGAUGAGGGUAAAAAAUCUUUGCUUAAUAGUAAUACGGGUAAAAAUCAAGCAUUUAAAACAACCGUACUAACAUCGUCUUUAAAACAACCACAUCAGCAUCAUAGGCACUCUACACGAAAAAAAAGAUUUCAUCAAAGUGGAAAGAAUAGUAAAAAUCGUAUAAAAUCGAAUCAAAAAUAUCGAUCACGAUCGACGAAUUCAUUCACCACUUCUGAUUCAUCCAGUGCGCUUUCCUUAAAAUCCGAUUUCUCUAGCGGCGAAGAUGGUGAUAUUGAAUCAGAUGUUAAUCAUCAUACCGAUGCUCAACGAAAAUACAUUAAUAGUAAUCGAACAAAACUACAUUCACCUUCAACAUCGACAAACUUUUACGAUCAAGUGAAUCAAGAUUAUGAUAGAAUAAUCGUAUCCGGAGAUCUUAAUAAUGUUCAAAAUGAUUGUCAAGCACAUCUUGUAAUCGAUUCUGGAUAUGGACAAAUUGCUACCACUAAUGUUAAUAUGUUUAACCAUGUAUUGCCAUCAACUGCUGCCAAAUAUUCGUCAAAUUUUCAUCAUUCAAACAGCAACAGACCACAAAAAUUGUUGCAUGAACAAAUUGCCAAAAAACAUAAUACCCCUUUGUAAUAUAUUGAUUUAUAUUUUUUUAAUUUGUUGGUUACUUUUUUUUAUAAUGUAGUAUUAUAGCCAUGUUCGAAAGACAACC